UAUCGGCUGACAAUCUUUAAAUAAAAUACUCCUGGUACUAUCAAUCAGCGCUUCUCGCUAGCAUAGUGGGAAGAGGUCUGACUGCAGAUAAACAAGAUUUGGAUGCUGACACGGCAAGAUAGGUAACACAACAAGUAGAUUACCCCCAACUCUUACGUGGGGCCACCUUAGACUUUCCAAUAGUCUCAGUAUCAGCCAGUCCUCCUCUAAAAUGGCUCGUAUCGAUAAGCUGAACUUUGACAACCGCGUGUUGAGAACCUUGCCGAUUGAUCCUGAGACUGAGAAUUUCACCCGGCAGGUGCCUGGGGCUUGCUUCUCUCGUGUGAAACCGACCCCUGUGGCCAACCCGAAGACAGUUGCAUACUCCCUUCCUGCGAUGCAACUACUCGACUUGCCAGAGGAGGAGCUGAACAGAGAAGAUUUCCCUGCAUAUUUCUCAGGGAACAAGCUCUUACCAGGGAGCGAACCUGCAGCCCACUGUUACUGUGGCCACCAGUUUGGGAGCUUUGCUGGGCAACUAGGAGAUGGUGCAGCCAUGUACUUGGGAGAAGUUGUCAACCAAGCGGGUGAGAGAUGGGAGAUUCAGUUCAAAGGUUCCGGUCUAACCCCUUACUCCCGGACAGCUGACGGUAGGAAGGUACUGAGGUCUAGCAUUCGAGAAUUCCUCUGCAGUGAAGCAAUGCACCAUCUUGGCAUACCAACCACAAGAGCUGGGAGCUGUGUGACCUCUGACACUAAAGUAGUACGUGAUAUCUUCUAUAGCGGUAAUCCUAUCCAAGAGAGGGUAACCAUUGUACUUCGCAUUGCUCCAACGUUUCUUAGGUUUGGUUCAUUUGAAAUAGUAAAGCCUGCUGAUGAGAUGACUGGUAGGAAAGGUCCUAGUGCUGGACAAAAGGAUAUUUUGGAAAAGAUGCUUGAUUACUCCAUUCAAUCGUUUUAUCCAAAGAUCUAUGAGGAGUUUAGUGAGGACCUGGUCCAGAGGAACCUAGCCUUCUAUCGAGAGGUGGUGAAAUCAACGGCCAAGAUGGUUGCUGAAUGGCAGUGUGUCGGGUUUUGUCAUGGGGUGCUGAAUACAGAUAACAUGAGUAUCUUGGGUAUCACUAUUGAUUAUGGUCCUUUUGGUUUCUUGGAUGGUUAUGAUCCAGAUCACAUAUGUAAUACAACUGAUGAUAGGGGGCGCUAUACAUUUACGCGGCAGGCUGAAAUGUGUCGAUGGAACUUGGGCAAAUUUGCAGAAGCCCUUUCAAUGUGCCUUCCAGAAGAAGAGUCUAAAAAAGAGUUGGAGCUCUUUGACCAGACAUUUGAGGAACAUUAUAUUACGAAGAUGAGAAAGAAACUAGGGUUGAUUCAGAAAAAUCUAUCUCAAGACAGGGCUCUGAUAGACUCAUUACACAUGGCCAUGCAGACAACGAGAGCAGACUUCACCAAUGUAUUCCGUUCACUGAGUACCCUCCCUCUGCCUGGUUCACCGGGAUUUGAUGAACAAUGCAGCAAGCUACAGGAUUAUUUACUAUCACAGUGCUGUGGUGUGGAGGAACUCAGGAAGGCAAACUCACCUCGUAUUCAUCCAAGCCAACUGCAGAUGCUCAUGAUGAUAUCACAGAGCAACCCGUCCUUACUUGAGCAACUAUUUGGUGGUAGUUCAACCCUCAGGAAAGAGCUUGCCAAACUAGAAAAGGCCAAAGAGCUCAUUAGCCUUACCGAGGAGCAGAAGAGAAGUGAUGAUUCAGCAGUCUGGUCCAAGUGGUUAGAUGAGUACAAGGUGAGGUUGAUGAAGGAGACAGAGGAUACAGACACUGAUCUGAAGGAACUCAACCAAAGGAGAGUUGAAGUCAUGAACGCUACCAACCCAAGGUUCAUUCUGCGUAACUACAUAGCAGAGAACGCCAUCAAUGAAGCAGAAAAUGGGAACUUCUCAGAGGUUCAAAGAGUGUUAAAGCUAUUGGAAUCUCCAUUCAGUGAUGACGUAGUCUUGCCAGCCUUUGAAGAUCAACAAACAGAGUGUACUUCUGAUGAAGAUGCAGGAGCGAGCAAGCCUGCUGGGUCGUCCACUUCGCAGUCCCCUAAAGUGAAGAGUUGUACUGGUGAAGCUUAUGAUAGCAGGCCUCCUGCAUCAGCUAUGGAGCUUAGAGUCAGCUGAUCUUCAUAAUUUCCUCCGCUUCUUAUCAAGUCACAGCUCAUUGAGUUUUUUUUAAAUGGACAGGUCAAUUGAGAGCAAGAAUCUUGUUUCACUCAUUUCUAUUGAUCAUUGCUAUGUAAAUGAAAUCUGCUUUUCCUCGUCUCCUAGUUUAAAAUCUCUUUUGUGAAUUUGAGGAAUGAUGUAUGUAUUCAUGAGCUGUGACUUAAGCUGGAGGAUAAUUUCUAAAUGUCACAAGGUAUUUCAAGGUAUGGUAUUUUGUAAACGCUUAACUUGUAUUUAUGAAGAUUUGCAUACAAAACUCAUUUUUUGAGAAGAUGCAAAUCUGAUGAUACCUUGGUGAUGUUUAGUUAUCUAUAAUUUUAAGGACUUGUGUCCCAUCUUUAUAUAUGUCUGCCCAGUGUAUUAUGAAACCCAAGGCUGCAAGAAUAUGUUCCGAGAUGAUGUGGCCAACCAGAAAGUGAUGUAGAUCUUACUUUGAAAGUUGAACGAA